AUGAAACCUGGGGCGUCACAUGGGCCUCUUCUUCCUCAGAAGCAGUUUUAUCAGGAAUCGCAAAGGCAACAACCACCGCGUCAGAUGUUUAUGAUGUUAGCUGUGGAAGCUGAGGCGAACGACCAGGUUAUUACUGGCAAGGUUAUUGUUUCUUCCGUUCCUGCUUUAUCACUCUUUGACUCUGGAGCUGCCCAUAGUUUCUUGUCUAGUCGAUUUGCAAGUACCUACUCUUUUCCUAUAACUCCUCUGACUACGGACUGGAAUAUAAAUAUUGGCAGUGAUAUUUUAGUAGCAUCCAGUGGUUAUGAAGCAUGCCCGGUGGUCAUCAGCGGGAGAGAGCUCUUUGCAGAUUUUUUGGUGAUUGAUUUGUCGAGCUUUGAUGUAGUAUUUAGGAUGGAUUGGUUGGGGUCAUUCUUUGCCACCAUUGAUUGUCGUCGUCGGAGUGUAGUAUUUGAGAUACCGGAUCACCCGAGGUUUGAAUUCCUCAGUAGCAGUACAUCGGCUAGACCGGUAGAAUAUAGAGCUAGACCGGAGAAGGUGAUGUUUGCUGCCAUGCAGGUGGAACCCGAGAAGCCAAUUGUAGUUCAGGAAUUUGAAGAUGUAUUUCCUAAUGACAUUUACAGGUUGCCAUCGGAUUGA